UUCAAUCGUGGAUCACGUGUCUUCACCCCCGCAAGAUCUAGUUAUAAAGAAAAGAAAACAUCCGCUUUCAGAAAAAAAGAAAAAUAACAUCCUAGUUUAUUUUUUAUUAAUUUCCCCACAAAUCUCUUUUCCCUUCAUGACCAAACAUCUUAUUACAGUUUGUUGAAAUGCAACUCUUCUGGAAUCGUAUCACCCAAAAAUGGCCAAGUCCACCACUCUUUGCCCUUGUCCUCCAACCCUCCGCAAACAAACCCUGACGCUUCCCUGCACACUACACACGUGUAAGCAACCAAGAAAAUCAGCUCCUCACUCUGCUGCAAUCCGGGCAGCUCAGGACAACAGCGGGAGCCCUCCAAGACUAAUAGACAUCAUACGAAUCAUGCCCGAAACGUCCAAAGAUUACUUCAAGAAACCAUCGCGGAGGGUUCUGUUCGGAGGCAUAUCCUUACUCGGCGGGUUUUAUAUUGCGCAAACAGUGUCUCUUUCGUUUGGAGCUUUGGGCGUAAAUGAUGUGAUUUCUGCAGUUCUUUGUGUGCUGAUGACUGAAUACGCUACAAGGUUUUACUACACCCGGCAGAAGGUCUCUUUUCCUGCUGCACUUCUCAACAUUUUCAAGCUAGGAUUUACGUAUGGCCUCUUUCUAGAUGCGUUUAAACUUGCUAGUUAAGAGUUGGAUCUACCCAAUUUCUUACUGGGAAUUUUCUACUUACUUUUUGGUCAAUCUCUCUUUUCCACUGAAAAAUUAUACUUUUAAUCCCACAUGAUAGAGAAUAGUGUACUUUUAGCUCCACAAUUUAUAGACUUAGCACAUUUAAUUUCUUAAAUUGAAAAAUUGUAGUAUUUGGGACAAAAAAUGCC